ACGAAAUGAUGGAUGAUUUAGAACAAAUAUCAGCAAGAAUAAUUGAUGAUAUUAAUAUAUUUGAUUCUAAUAAUGAUGAUAAUUUGCAACCUUUUACUUUACUUGAACUUUUUGACUCACAAAUAAUUAAAAUAGCAUUGAUUCAAGAAAUUAAUUCCAUAUAA